AUGAAGUACCUUUCUCGAGGGAUGUUCUAUUUGUUCUUCAUGCUUACGUAUCUUGCCCAGAUGAUAGAGGUCUUGAAUGUAUUGAUCACCAAAAGUCAUCUGGACUCUGGACAAACAGGAAUUGAAGAAGGACUAGCAACAAACGAAAUGGCAAAGAAAGAUCAGGACUAUGCCCCCAAAGCCAAGAAAGCAAUAGGAAAAAGAAACAAGGAGCUACUUGAGGAUAUAGUGGCACACACUAUCCAUUUUACCGCCAACAUCUUGUUCUUUACUGGGAUUGGAAAAUCGUUUAGCAUGAGAAUACUUGGCAAGAUCUUUGGGGAGAUAUUUGACCUUGAGAUUGUGUUCCUUACAGCCGUAAUUUCGAUGAUUUCCCUUGAUGGUUUUAUAGAGUAUAUUGUCUGCUUGGUAUAUAAGAAUCCGUCGCUAGAAAUGAUUUUCUUGUGGUGUUUCUUUGCAAUUGUAUUUGUUAUCCCAACAUGUAUCCUCAUUUCUAUAAAGCUCUUGAGGAUCUUUGGAUCCAGUUUCGUAAUUUCCUGUUAUCUCUCCUACUUCAUUCUGGAGAUAUCUGAUAUCUUAUCUGUAUCCAAUGUGGAUUUUAGUAAGAUGGAGAAGGUGCCAUCAAAUAUAUUUUCGGAGAAUGUCCAGGUUCUUAUGAAGGACAGAGGGCUUUCGGAUUCUAUCUAUAGAGAAAUAAAUCCGGGAAAGAACGUCAAUGCAGCUCUUAUAGGGAUUGGCGGUGCUGAGAGGAUUGAAAUCUACGGAAAAGUCGAGAAUAUGAACGAUGGACAGCUGGAAUCUAUAUUGAUUCAUGAAGUAGGACAUUCCUAUGAUGGAAGUUUGGUCAAGAAGAUAUCGGUCUUUUUGAUUCUUCUGGGUUUUGAAAUGAUGCUUUUAGUAUUCUUGUACGAUAACAUAGCAAAAGAAUUCAUAUGGAACAAUAUUUCGAAGGAGGGGUCAUUUGUAGUGCUUGUAUGCCUUUAUUUUGCAUCAAUCCGUCCAUGGUUGUUUAUUCUGUAUAACCUUACGUCUCAAAGUGCAGAGAUGUACGCAGACCUUUUAACAAAACAAUAUAACUACAAUGGAAAGCUGGCAGAUACUCUAUACAAGAUAUCUGUGGACUCCUUUGAUUUCCUGGCACCAUCCUGGCUGUACAACAGCUUAAACUCGUUACAUCCCAGUAUAAUGAACAGGAUUGAAUAUCUAAGCAACUAA